UUCGUGUUAAGACCUUUCGACGUUCCAACGUUCGUGCUUCGGGAAGAAUUUUUGAUAUCUACACCGUUGAUUUCCUUUUUGAAAGGGUUCGCGAGUAUAUUUGAAGACUUGAAGUACGUAAGUGAAUCCUACUUGUAUAUUCAGGGCGAAAAGUUGCGAGUCGAGUGGAUUAGCCAACAAAAUGGCCGAACGUAGAUUACCAUCCGCUAAGAAAGAUCCACCGGAAGAAAAUCUUUCGAAUACUAUAGACGACAAUAACAACAACAACGAUGAAGGUUACAAAUAUAGCAUAUGCAAAUCCCAGAUUAGUCGCAGCGUUGUUUCGACUGCUACAAGAGGCUUUGAAAGAUGGUUGAGUCGGGACAAAUCAUUGAAGAUAACCGAUUCAAAAUCUGAGUCGAAACAAUCGCGGGCUCAGUCUUCAUCUCCUGAGGGUAGUCCGCGAGUCGAAACCAAGAAUGACGGUUGGUACGUUAUGAAAAAUCGCUUCGGUUUCACUCAGUUCAGCAGAGUAAAGUCGCUAUCGGAAGGCAACGGCAACAUCGACGAUCCAAAACCAUCCACUUCGCGUGAAUCGUCGGAAAACGUGGAACCCGAUCGUUGCGUCGUUGUAGCGGAGAAGUCGAACGAUCGUCACGGAGAACUUCCGAGCAAUGAUUAUUCGGGAGAAAAAUCAACUGACGGUGUGAAAGUUGCGAAUGAUGAAGAGAGCCUGGACGAGUUGUUGAAGGAAGCCUGCAAAAUCGAAAGUAAAAUCCAAGCCUCCGGAAUUUUAGAUGCGGCUGCCGAUCCGGUUGAACCCAAGGAAAUCGACGACGUGUUCAAAAAUACAGAGACCUGCGUCAAUGCCAUGAUUAAAAUGGAAGCCACCUUCAGAGAAGCUCGAAAAUUGUUACACCUCGCUAUGGCCGAGGGAGAGCUCCACCCCCGCUGUGAUGUUGCUCCGAAGCCCUUCACAGCGGAGAAUAACAAGCAGACGACACCGAAGAUAUUGCGUACAUUGCCACCGCUGCCUGACGAUAAACCACGAGAACCGCUCGAUGAACAACGUCCAGGUGUGCCGUUUCCGCCGUCGCACAAGCUCACCGUCGCCGAGGUAUUCGACUCGCGGACAGGCAAACCACGACCCGACAUCCUGAAACAGCACUUCAUCCUCGAAGGAAGGAUCGACGAGGCGGCGGCGCUGCGCAUAGUUACCGACGGAGCGAGUCUUCUGCGUUCGGAAAGAACGAUGAUCGACAUAGAAGCCCCCGUUACCGUUUGCGGCGACAUCCACGGUCAAUUUUACGAUUUGAUGAAAUUAUUUGAAGUCGGAGGACCCCCCGCUUCGACGAAAUACCUAUUCCUCGGCGAUUACGUAGAUAGAGGUUACUUCAGUAUCGAGUGUGUAUUGUACCUGUGGGCAUUGAAACUGUGCCACCCCACCACACUAUUUCUUCUCAGAGGAAAUCACGAGUGCCGGCAUCUAACGGAAUACUUCACAUUCAAACAGGAGUGUAAAAUAAAAUACUCGGAAAGAGUAUACGACGCGUGUAUGGAUGCGUUUGAUUGUCUACCAUUGGCGGCGCUAAUGAAUCAACAGUUUCUCUGCGUCCACGGAGGUCUGUCGCCGGAAAUUCAUAAUUUAGAAGACAUACGCAAAUUGGACAGGUUCAAAGAACCACCGGCGUUCGGCCCGAUGUGCGAUCUACUCUGGUCGGAUCCCCUAGAAGAUUUUGGCAAUGAAAAGAACGCCGAACAUUUUUCACACAACAGCGUGAGGGGCUGUUCGUACUUUUACAGCUACGCGGCCUGCUGCGAUUUCCUUCAGAACAACAACCUGUUGAGUAUCAUAAGGGCGCACGAGGCGCAGGACGCCGGAUAUCGUAUGUACCGCAAAUCGCAGACGACGGGUUUUCCGUCCCUAAUAACAAUAUUCAGCGCCCCAAACUACCUGGACGUGUACAACAACAAAGCGGCUGUCCUGAAGUAUGAGAACAACGUUAUGAAUAUCAGGCAGUUCAAUUGCUCGCCACAUCCUUAUUGGUUACCAAAUUUCAUGGACGUAUUUACGUGGUCGUUGCCAUUCGUCGGUGAGAAAGUCACGGAAAUGCUGGUCAACGUUCUCAACAUCUGCUCGGACGACGAGCUGAUGAACGACGGCGACGACGCCCUGGAGGAAGAUGUCGCAGCCAAAAUCGUUAUUCAAAAAAGGAACGGUACAGCAGCUAAUCUUCGCAAAGAAGUUAUAAGAAACAAAAUCAGGGCGAUCGGAAAAAUGGCACGAGUUUUCUCUGUGCUUAGAGAGGAAAGCGAAAGCGUGCUGCAGCUGAAAGGACUCACGCCAACCGGUGCGCUGCCUCUGGGUGCAUUAUCCGGUGGAAAGACGUCCCUAAAAAAUGCGCUACAAGGCUUCUCUCCUAAUCACAAAAUCACGUCGUUCGCCGAGGCGAAGGGCCUCGACGCGAUAAACGAGAGGAUGCCACCCCGGAAAGACGCCCCGCCGACACCUGCGGCCGAGGAAAAGCCGGUCGCACAGCCACCAGCGGGUCCGAGCGAUAAACGCGACACGAGCACACCGCAGCCCCACUCGUGAGCCUCGAAAUCCUCCGACUGAGGUGACAAGUGUGGGACCUGUGUCCCUUAGUGGUCGCCACAAAACAACCAUUGCUCGUCUCUCCCUAGCCGGUAGAAUAGAAUACGUUCAUCGAGUAAAUCGUCAUCGAGUGAAGAAAUGGUCAUGAGUAUGUGAGAAGAUGAGAAAGCAGAAGAAGUUGUUGAAAAGAAACUAAAGCAGAAAA